UCGAAAUACAUUUCUUCCAUAUGGACUGUUUCAGGCAUGUCGACAUCGGGCAUCCAGUCGCGUGGAUUCCUUACCACCAUUGAUCUCGCCCGAGGAUAUCAGUCAGCGCCCGUGGCCGGCCACAAGCGACCACCAGAAACCGAGCAGACUUCCGACCUCAACCCAGGUCCCGUCAAGCAAGCGACUGUUUUAAGUCAUGGCCAAAAUACCAAUGCUGACAUCGUAGUGGAUUCCCCGUGGGAAUCGGCGCGGGCUUUACUAAUCGCUCCCGCGAAGCGUUUUACUGCGAGUAAGAUCCAUUUCGGCGCAGCUAGUGAGACAUCGCCUGAUGAUGAAAAAAGGAGGGGUGACAGUACUUCUGCCCCGGGUUCUAGUCAGAAUCCCCUGCUGUCAUUGUCAAAUCCGAAGUAUGGGCUUCCGCCUUCCCUUACGGCCAAUUUUGCCGCUUUGGGUGUGUCUAGUAUCUAUCCAUGGCAGGCGUCUUGUUUACUAGCCAAAGGUCUGCUUUCUGGGGAGCGGAAUUUAGUUUAUACUGCCCCGACGGGAGGAGGCAAGUCUCUUGUUGCGGAUGUUUUACUCUUGAAGCGGAUCAUUGAGAACCCCACGCGCAAAGCAUUGCUCAUUUUGCCUUAUGUUGCUUUGGUUCAGGAGAAGCUGAAGUGGAUGAGGCGGAUUGUGCAAGAUGUGGAGAAGAAUAUUCCAGAUGAAGAAGAUGAAGGCUCUUCGUUUCCUCGCGGGCGAUGGAAGCGUGCUCGGAAAAAUAUCCGCGUAACUGGGUUCUUUGGUGGAAGCCGGACGACAGCUACUUGGGCUGAUACUGAUAUUGCCAUUUGUACGAUAGAAAAGGCCAACUCGUUGAUCAACAGUGCUAUCGAAGAGUGUACUAUUGGAGAUCUGGGAGUCGUGGUUCUUGAUGAGUUACAUAUGCUUGAUGAUGAGCAUAGAGGGUAUCUCUUGGAGCUCAUGGUUACCAAGCUAUUACUGCUCCAGCAAGAUAUCCAAAUCGUUGGCAUGAGUGCCACACUCUCCAACACUGAGAUGCUGGCAGAGUGGAUGAAUGCCAGAUUCUACAUUUCCACGUACAGACCAAUCCCCAUUGACGAAUACCUGGUCUACGAGAAUGCUAUUUACCCAGUUGCAACAUCAAGACAGCUCUUUCAAACAGCAUCCAAGUUGACUGCUGCUGCAUCUGUGGCCGACACUAUCCCUCCACACCGAGUCAUUGAACCUUCUAGCUAUAAACAGCUCAGCAACUCAGCCACAAAUGCCAUGGUAGCUUUGGCAGUCGAGACUGCAGUCGCAGGGUUCGGUGUGUUGGUAUUUUGUAGCAGUCGCCAAGCGUGCCAAAAUCAAGCUGCUACCAUCGGUGAAGCAAUGCCGACAGCAGAGCCAGAUGAAAUGAACCAACGCAUGGAUCUCCUUGCUGAGCUGCGGAGUCUUGCAUGUGGCUUAGAUCCAGUUCUGGAGACUACAAUCCCCAGGGGAACCGGAUUUCACAAUGCCGGUAUGACAACAGAAGAGCGGGAACUUAUUGCACAGGCUUAUGAUCAGGGUGUGCUGCGAGUUCUCGUUGCCACAUGCAGUCUUGCUGCCGGAGUAAAUUUACCCGCAAGACGAGUCAUUAUCAACGGGGCACGAAUGGGCCGUGAUCUGGUAGGCCCAGCAAUGCUUCGACAGAUGUGUGGACGUGCUGGACGCAAAGGCAAGGACGAAGCCGGCGAGACCUAUCUGAUAUGUGUCAAAGCAGACAUGCAAGCUGUAUGUGAUCUAUUGGAUGCCGACAUGCCUGCCAUUGAGAGCUGUUUAGCACCAGAGAAAAGGGGACUAAAAAGAGCACUCUUGGAAGCUAUAGCAACAGGCUUGGUAUCAGGCUGCGACGCAAUCAAAGAAUACGUUCGAUGUACGCUCCUUUGGCGAUCAGUGGACAGAAGAAUUGCAUACAUCAUCAUGAAAUCUGCACUUCAGGAAUUGGUCGAUGAAGAACUCAUCAUCUUCCGAGACGACGAAUCUUACGGAUCCACGCCCUUGGGACAGGCAAUUGUGGCUUCAGCCUUUUCCCCCGAAGAUGGCAUAUUCGUCCACGAAGAACUAAAACGAGCAAUACAAGCCUUCGUCAUGGACGGCGACAUGCACGUCUUCUACAUGUUCACCCCCCUCCAAGCAGCAAUGAACACACCAAUCGACUGGCAAAUCUUCCGAGACCAACUAGACAGACUGGAUGAGAGCGGUCUCCGAGCAUUACAAUUCGUCGGCGUGCAACCCGGCUUCGUGAACACAAUGGUCCAAUCCGGUGCCUCCCUAAAAGAAACAAACCCAUCCGAAAUAAAAACAGCCCGCAUCUACCGCCGCGCCUAUACAGCCUUCCAACUCCGAGAUUUUAGCAACGAAACCCCCCUCUCGACAAUAGCAUCCCGCUAUAAAAUCCCCCGCGGAACAGUCCAAACCCUCGCCCAACAAUGCCACGGCUUUGCGGCGGGUAUUGUUAAAUUUUGCCAGCGUAUGAACUGGGGUAUGAUGGCUGCUGUGCUGGAUCAUAUGCGGGACCGUCUGGAAGCGGGUGCGCGUGCUGAUUUGCUGGAAAUGGCCCAGGUUACUUUUGUUAAGAGUUGGACGGCGAGAUUGCUUAGGGAGAAUGGGUUUCGGAAUUUGAGGGCUUUGGCAGAUGCUGAAGCUAAGGAUUUGGUACCUGUUCUUAUGAUGGUUAAUCCUCGGAAAGUGCAAAAGAAUCAGCUCUCGUCUGCUGAGUCGGAGCGCUAUGCGGCGAAGCUGUUGGUUAAGGCUGAGACUAUCAUUUCUCAUGCUAAUAAGAUCUGGGAUCGGGAAACGCAGGUCGAGUUGGAGGAUUGA